CAUGCAGAAUCUGCCGACACAAAUCUGGCAGCGGUUUCCGCUUCCGGGAAGUCUCGCGGCACUGACGUCACUUCCAGCAACAACAGCAAACGUCAAAACUCAGGCGCGAGAAGGGGGCGGUGGCAGCGACGGCGGUGCAAAGGGCUCUCAUCUCCUCUCCCCCCGUCCCCUUUCCCCUUCCCGUGCCCGGUGCUUCCUGAGUUCGUUCCCAGCCGGCGAGGCUCACGCACCGACUUGGUUCGUCGCGGCGGCGGUUGGGAUCGGAGCUUGGAGAGGCUCGCAGAUGGGUCAGGGGCUGUGGAGAGUGGCUAGGAACCAGCAGCUGCAACACCAAGGAUACAGUGGGCAAGGCUAUCUCACCAGAGAGCAUGGUAGAAGAUUAGCGACUAACAGCAUUUCAAACACAAACCAUCGUAAACAAGCCCAAGGAGGAAUUGACAUCUACCAUCUGUUGAAAGCAAGAAAAUCUAAAGAACAAGAAGGAUUCAUUAACUUGGAAAUGCUGCCCCCUGAGCUUAGUUUUACCAUUUUGUCAUAUCUGAAUGCAACUGACCUCUGCCUGGCUUCUUGUGUCUGGCAGGAUCUUGCUAAUGAUGAGCUUCUCUGGCAAGGGUUGUGCAAAUCCACUUGGGGACACUGCUCUAUAUACAAUAAGAAUCCACCUCUAGGAUUUUCUUUUAGAAGAUUGUAUAUGCAGCUGGAUGAGGGCAGUCUCACCUUUAAUGCCAACCCUGAUGAGGGAGUUAACUACUUUAUGUCCAAGGGUAUACUGGAUGAUUCACCAAAGGAAAUAGCUAAGUUUAUAUUUUGUACAAGAACACUAAAUUGGAAGAAACUGAGGAUCUAUCUUGAUGAAAGGAGAGAUGUUUUGGAUGACCUUGUGACACUGCACAACUUCAGAAAUCAGUUCUUGCCAAAUGCACUGAGAGAGUUUUUCAAACACAUUCAUGCCCCUGAGGAGCGUGGGGAGUAUCUUGAGACUCUUAUAACAAAGUUCUCACACAGAUUCUGUGCUUGUAAUCCUGAUUUGAUGAGAGAGCUUGGCCUUAGCCCUGAUGCAGUUUAUGUACUAUGCUACUCUUUGAUUCUGCUUUCCAUUGAUCUUACCAGCCCUCAUGUGAAGAACAAAAUGUCAAAGAGAGAAUUUAUCCGAAACACACGACGUGCUGCUCAGAACAUUAGUGAAGAUUUUGUAGGGCACCUUUAUGACAACAUCUACCUUAUUGGCCAUGUGGCUGCCUAAAAGCACAAUUUGCUAGGACUAAGAAUUUGUAGUUUACAAGAACUAAAGCUACCCAAGGAGUUAAUUAUUUUGUAGAUAUGGGGGUUAUAUUAGUGCUGGUCAUUCUAACCUCUGUAUACAAUCACAAUGUGUGUUGUAUGUACUACCUUUUUUAGCAAUUUACCAUGGGAACCGAAGGAUUUUGCAGAAUUUUUUCUUAAUUUUGUUUAUGUUUUGCACAAAGCAGUGCCAUUAGUCUGACACAGCCAUUUAUGAAUGUUAAACUGACAUUACAAUCUAAAGCUGACAAGAUGGUGGAUUUGUGCAUUAGAUUUGCUUGAAAACUUUAACCAGUUCCAUUCUUUUUUAAAAUACCAUGUAAUGUGUACAUAUUUAACUAAAGAGAUUUAUAAUCAUAAUUAUUUUAUUGUAAAAUAUUUUAACUAAAGUUUUUCCUUUUCCUCUCUUAAAAAUAGUCUUGUAUUUCUUCCUUUUACAUUGCAAACUUUGCUCUUGUUUUCAUGAUGUUGAUUUUCUCAGAUACCUGAGUUAAAGAGAAAUGCUAGCCAUGACACUCCAUCAGUGUUUGUUCGAGGACACACCAAACAUUUGUGGAGUGUUUAAACUAGCAUUUACUAUUGCAUUAGCUAAUUUAAAUUAAUUGGCAGUCAGUUAUUAACUCAAGUUAAAAUGGGACCACAAACUCUAGUUAGACAAAUCCUGAAGACCUGUCUACAUGAGGAAUAGACGAGAAAAAUUGACUUUUUAAAAUUUAAGUUUGAAAGCAGCCUUAACACAUAGCAUAGAUGCAGUUACAAGUGUGUUAGCUCAUUGUGUGAUAAGGUUGGGCAUGUCAAGACUAGCACAUGAUGGAGGUUAAGUAACAUGUUGUUGCUAACCUUAACCUUACCUCGACCAGUUUUCCAAUCUAGAUAUUCCAUUGAUGGAGAAUUUGGGAUAAACACAGCCAAUGAACACAAUUUGGAAGUCUAUAUGAGGUGAUAUAUUAGAGUAAUAGAUUUCAAGGUCAGAAGGGACCAUUAUAAUCAUCUAGUCUGACCUCCUGCACAACGCAGGCCACAG